AUGGAAGAAAUUUUGUGUGGAAUUGCCGGAAACACCAUAUUAUCAAAAAUUUAUUACAACAACAAAUUUAAUCAGUUAUCUUUGGAUGAAGUCCAAAGAAGAUUUACUACAUUUACGAUCUUGGGAAGAAGAUACCAAUAUAAAAGACUAUCAUUUGUUUUUAAGGUUAAACCAAAACUUUUUCAAAGAGCAAUGAUAGAAAUCUUUAAAGACAUUAAGAACGUAAGCAUAUAUAUAGAUGAUGUAAUUAUAUCUACAAAAAUAGAAAAUGAAAAAGUUCUAAUAGAAAUAUUAGAUAGACUACAAGAUACAAUGUGA